AUGGAUCGGCUCUCCAUCCUGUUUUACCAUAUUAAUCCACACGAUUACCCCUUCUUCUUGCAGUGUGAGCGCAGCACUGAGCAGCCAGGAGUUAUUUUGAUGGAAUCCCACGCGAUGCAGGGCAUUCGCUGCACCGUCCCUGUAGUGUAUCUCUUGUCUAUCUUGUACUUUUAUGGGUACCACCGGCCACGCUUGCCUUUUGCCGACCACAUCUUAUCGAAGUUGCACCAUUACUUUUACCCGAGUGCAGGGUAUAGUACCCCAGUAGGAGGGAUUCUUCUUCGAUUGGCGUAUGCCUGUUACUAUGAUGGGGUACGUAACAUGUUCAGAGGAAAGUGUUGCACGUAG